AUGUUGUCCCACGCUAUCCUUGCUCUCGUUGUUGCCGCAGCCCCGGCCCUGGCCAUCCCACCGCCAAUAUUCGGCCUCCCAGUCAGCGACUACGACACAGAGCUCAGCGUGGCCUACACACUCGCCGGCAACGACGGUCUAACACAAGACCAGCCGGCCCUGGCCCUGGACCCGACAAAGUACCCCUCCGUCGCCAACUACGCCGGCCAGUACGUCGUGGUCAUGGUCGACCCUGACGCCACCACGCCGGACAACCCAGACCACCGCUUCAUCCUGCACUGGCUCGCGCCCAACAUGACGCAGGGCGACGCCGGGUCCGCCGUGCUGCCCCAGUCCGGAGUCGAGCUCACCAACGCCACCGAGAACUUCACCCCCUACCGGCCCGACGGGUUCGCGGUGCCGAGCGAGUUCGACACGUUCGCGGGUGGCGCGAACCGCAUGGGCUUCAACCUCACCGGCUUUGUUGAGGCGGCGGGGCUCGGGAACCCGGCUGCUGCUGAGUAUAUGUAUGUCAGCAGGCAGGCGGCUGUGCCUGGGGACUUUGUGGCGCUGCCUGGGGGAGAGUUCCCCGGGGGUAAUGGGAAUGCUAUCUUUGCUGUUUAG